UCCUAAAAUACAAAAUGGCGCACGAUUCUCCGCCUAUUCUUGUUGUCAUGCGUUUGUCUUCUCCCGGUUACGAAAGUGCUGCGUGGCAGCUGAUCGACGCUUCUGAUGCUUUGGUAGCUCUUGAAACGGAAUCCUUGGACCAUGAGAGUAAUGGUGAAUAUUUACCUGUGAUGGUGCUGCCGCAAUAUGUCAAUGAAUGUUUCUUAGGUGAAACGUUGAAUCUGUCUUUAAUGUUGUACAAUCCUAACAAAACGGCUUGCGCCAAUGUGAAGCUUACGGUGGAGGUAUUACCUGAGAAUCGAGAUGUCGAUCCCGUGGUUAUAGAUGCUGUGAAAGAUAUUUCCAUAGGUGGCAAUAGCGAGCCUCACCAGAGUACCGUUUCUCACAAGUUUACUAGACCUUUACAGCACUUGAUGAAUUUUAUAUUGGUAUACAAUUUUGGUAAGAAAGAAUACCAAGUAGUGAAGCGCGCUGUAUGGAAUGUGGUCAAUCCUUUACAGGUUGAUUUUGUUCGUCGCACUGAUUCGAUCGGUCGUUUACAUUUGGAAGCGAUUCUUACUAAUACAUCGACUUUAAGUUUUACCAUAAAGGAUAUUAAGCUGGUUUAUGUAUCUGAGGAUGUAUGCUUAGAGCCUCUAUUUCCCAAGUCAAGUGAGAUCGACGCAGUUUGUGUUUUAAAACCAACUGAAUCGCACAGUGUUGUAUUUCUUUGUGUAAAUCCAGUGACCAAGUUAUACCUUAAAGCAUUUUGGCAGUGUCACGAGAGGGGAUCCGGUGAGUUCAACAUCCCGGUUAGCACGGAUCACACCUCUCCUCUAAUUUACGAGACUGUUUACCAUCCGGGUACUGUGCCUUUAAUACAGGAUUUUAAAAUUGUAUUUCGCAUUACUAAUGUCGGCAAAGAGCCUUUGGAUGCAAUGAUUAGGUUUAAUGAAGAUGGGCUUCGGCCAUUGGCUGUGCAGGUAGGUUCCUCUCUUGACGUUGGUCACUUAGUGCCCGCUGAAUCGCGUCUGGUUGAGGUUCCAUUCAUCAGCACAGCUAAAGGUCACCACACCAUCAAGGGUAUAGAGAUCUACUCUUCGGGUGAUUUGGUAGUACCAAUCACUGAUCUCCAGGUCCUUACUGUAUGAUAUUACAGUACUGAAAAACUUGACAUAUCGCAUCAUAUACCUAC